AGAUGAUAUGGAAAAUCUAAAAAAGCUUGAUUUGGGCGAAACAGGUAUAAAAAAGCUUCCAUCCUCAAUUGGACGUCUAAAGGCUCUUCAAUACCUAGAUUUGUCAUUUUGCGAAAACCUUGCGAAUCUUCCGAAGAGCAUUUGCAAUUUGAGCUCUCUUAAAACUCUCAUCUUGGAUGCCUGUUACAAUUUAAAGGGCUUUCCAGAAAUCAAAGAUGAUACGGAAAAUCUAAAAAGGCUUUAUUUGAGGGCAACAGAUAUAGAAGAGCUUCCAUCCUCAAUUGGGCGUCUAAAGGCUCUUCAACACUUAGAUUUGUCUUAUUGCAAAAACCUAAGGAGUCUUUCGGAGAACAUUUUCAAUUUGAGCUCUCUUGAAACUCUCAUUGUGCGGGAGUGUUCAAAUUUAAAGCGCUUUCCAGAAAUCAAAGAUGAUAUGGAAAAUCUAAAAAGGCUUGAUUUGGGGGAAAUAGAUAUAGAAGAGCUUCCAUUCUCAGUUGGACGUCUAAAGGCUCUUCAACACCUAGAUUUGUCUGGUUGCAAAAGCCUAAGGAGUCUUUCAGAGAGCAUUGACAAUUUGAGCUCUCUUGAAACUCUCAUUGUGCAGGGGUGUUCAAAUUUAAAGGGCUUUCCAGAAAUCAAAGAUGAUAUGGAAAAUCUAAAAAGGCUUGAUUUGAGGGAAACAGAUAUAGAAGAGCUUCCAUUCUCAGUUGGACGUCUAAAGGCUCUUCAACACCUAGAUUUGUCUGGUUGCAAAAGCCUAAGGAGUCUUUCGGAGAGCAUUUGCAAUUUGAGCUUUCUUGAAACUCUCAUUGUGCAGGGGUGUUCAAAUUUAAAGCACUUUCCAGAAAUCAAAGAUGAUAUGGAAAAUCUAAAAAGGCUUGAUUUUAGGGAAACAAGUAUAGAAGAGCUUCCAUCCUUAAUUGGACGUCAAAAGGCUCUUCAACACCUAGAUUUGUCUAGUUGCAAAAACCUAAGGAGUCUUUCGGAGAGCAUUUUCAAUUUGAGCUCUCUUGAAACUCUCAUUGUGCGGGGGUGUUCAAAUUUAAAGCGCUUUCCAGAAAUCAAAGAUGAUAUGGAAAAUCUAAAAAUGCUUGAUUUGAGGGAAACAGGUAUAGAAGAGCUUACAUCCUCAAUUGGACGUCUAAAGGCUCUUCAACGCCUAGAUUUGUCUGGUUGCAAAAGCCUAAGGAGUCUUUCGGAGAGCAUUUGCAAUUUGAGCUCUCUUGAAACUCUCAUUGUGCGGGGGUGUUCAAAUUUAAAGCGCUUUCCACAAAUCAAAGAUGAUAUGGAAAAUCUAAAAAUGCUUGAUUUGAGGGAAACAGGUAUAGAAGAGCUUACAUCCUCAAUUGGACGUCUAAAGGCUCUUCAACGCCUAGAUUUGUCUGGUUGCAAAAGCCUAAGGAGUCUUUCGGAGAGCAUUUGCAAUUUGAGCUCUCUUGAAACUCUCAUUGUGCGGGGGUGUUCAAAUUUAAAGCGCUUUCCACAAAUCAAAGAUGAUAUGGAAAAUCUAAAAAGGCUUGAUUUUAGGGAAACAAGUAUAGAAGAGCUUCCAUCCUUAAUUGGACGUCAAAAGGCUCUUCAACACCUAGAUUUGUCUAGUUGCAAAAACCUAAGGAGUCUUUCGGAGAGCAUUUUCAAUUUGAGCUUUCUUGAAACUCUCAUUGUGCAGGGGUGUUCAAAUUUAAAGCGCUUUCCAGAAAUCAAAGAUGAUAUGGAAAAUCUAAAAAGGCUUGAUUUGAGAGAAAUAUGUAUAGAAGAGCUUACAUCCUCAAUUGGACGUCUAAAGGCUCUUCAACACCUAGAUUUGUCUGGUUGCAAAAGCCUAAGGAGUCUUUCGGAGAGCAUUUGCAAUUUGAGCUCUCUUGAAACUCUCAUUGUGCGGGGGUGUUCAAAUUUAAAGCGCUUUCCAGAAAUCAAAGAUGAUAUGGAAAAUCUAAAAAUGCUUGAUUUGAGGGAAACAAGUAUAGAAGAGCUUACAUCCUCAAUUGGACGUCUAAAGGCUCUUCAACGCCUAGAUUUGUCUAGUUGCAAAAGCCUAAGGAGUCUUUCGGAGAGCAUUUUCAAUUUGAGCUCUCUUGAAACACUUAAUGUCGAAAGAUGUCCAAAACUGGAGAGAUUGGAGGUGAACCUAGUGGGAUCUUCAAGAUCUUCGGGAUCUUCGGAUCUAACUUUUUGCUUUCUAAAGCAAAGAGUAAUAUGGUGGGGCAAUCGGAGUUUCUACUCAUUCAAACGACACAAUGAAGGAAAGGUCCUUAACCAUCAUGUUUUCUCCCUGUUGUCACUGGUAGAAUUAUGUGAAAGAAACUCCACAUUCAUGGAAAGCAUAAUCUUCAGUGAUUGUCUCCAUCCAUCAUCACUGAAAGUACUAUCUGUUGGUAACUUUAAUACAAUGGAACGAGGAAUCCUCAGUGAUAUUUUCCACUAUUCUUCAUUGAAAACUUUAUCUCUUCAUAACUGCAAUCUAAUGGAGGAAGGAAUCCUUACGAAUGUUUGGAGCUUACCUUUACUGGAAGAAUUAUCUCUGAGUAACUGCAAUCUAAGGGAAGGAGAGAUCCUCAAUCAUAUUUGCCACCUGUCAUCAUUGCUAAAGUUAUCUCUGGAUGGGAACCAUUUUAGUAGAAUACCUGCCAACAUCAUUCAACUUUCUAAACUGAGAACCCUCGACUUGAGUCACUGCCAGAAGCUUGUACAAAUUCCAACGCUUCCCCAAAGUUUACGAUUUCUUGAUGCCCAUGGUUGUCCUUGCUUGGAAACUUUAUCAAGUCCCUCAAGUUCACUUGGUUUUUCUCUAUUCAAAUGUUUCAAAUCAGCAAUUGAGGAGUUUGAGUGCCGGUCCUAUUGGAGCAAGGAAAUCACAAUUUUUAUUCCUGGAAAUAAUGGAAUUCCGGAGUGGAUAAGCCAUAAGAAAAAAGGAUCUAAAAUAGAAACAGAGCUUCCUGUGAAUUGGUGGGAGGAUAACAACUUUUUGGGAUUUGCUGUUUUUGUUCCACUUCACAUUGAAUCUAAGGAAGAUCCUUGUAGUUUGACAUGUGAAUUGUAUUUCCAUAAUUGCUUAGAAUAUCCGGAACGUUUUUUCUAUGAACUCCGGUUCCUGGAUAAACUCUCGUUUGAACGCGGUUAUCCCUGUUGCCAUAAUGGUGGUGAAUCAAAUAGAGUUUGGGUGGCAUAUUAUCCUAAGGUUGCUAUUGAGAAUGAUUAUUGGUCAGAUAAAUGGAUACAUUUGAAGGCUUUAUUUCAUAGUGAACACUCGAAAGUGGAAGAGUGUGGGCUUCAUCUUAUAUAUAAAACCGACAUCUUAAAUACAGAUUUCAAUGUUAAGAGAAGUCUUGAUGAUGCAGAGAACCCACACAACAAAAAAUCAAGACAUCUCUAGUUUUCAACCCAACAUACUUUUCUUCACCCUCCUGUAAGAUGGUUGUAAUUCGCUAUGUGAUGUGAAUUUCUGAGAUGAUGGAUUUGGAUUAGUGGAUGAUCCCCUCAUCUAAAUGCUGGCUCAUGGAUUUGUAUUGCAAAAGAUGCUAAUGUUGAUGGACAGGAAAGCUAUGCCGCCCAAGAUGAUGAAGAGAAUCAUAUGCAUAAAUUGUUGGAGUUUCUUUACAAAUUUUUUCAAUGGAUUUUUGUAGAAGACACUGAACAUUAUCUCAAACUUUUGGAGGAGGUGAAGUAUUCGCAAAUUUCAGUAUACAGAUAUUAUUCUCUUGUUUUAGUGGCGAUGUGUUAUGGAAGCUUUUAUCUGACAAGGAUGCAUACAACUAGUUCUUGUUUUCACUCGAUCGGGUUAAAAUUCAAAACAAUAAUUGUGUUCUAUGUGAUGGCCUGAGGAGACAACCUUUUGAAGGAGCUCAUUUGGUUUGGGAUGAUAAGAAAAGAGGAAGAGAUAACAUAUGGCAAAAGUGAGGGUUAAAGGUCUUACGGAAGCGCAACUUAAAGCCAUCAGCUUGAGAUUUAGCUGAAUUGAAUCAAGAAGAGGAUCCCUUUACACGCCUUGACUGGAGUUUGAAUGCGGAUAAUGGAUCAAGGAAAUCCAAAUUGUUAUUCCAGGAAAUAAUGGAAUUCCAGAGUGGAUAAGCCAACAGAAAAAAAGAUCUGAAAUAACAAUAGAGCCUCCUAUGGAUUGGUACUAGAAUAACGACUUCUUGGGAGUUGCCUUAUGCUCUGUUUAUGUUCCUUUUCAUAUUGAAUCAGAGGAAGAUCCUUGUAGUUUAGAAUGUGAAUUGAAUUUCCAUGGUCAUCAAUUUGAAUUUGUAUAUGAUCUACCAUCUAACUUCUGGUCCAUGGGUGGUUCCUCAUCUAAAUGUUGGCCUGUGGAUGAUCUCUUGUUUGAAUGCGGUUAUUCCUGCUGCCAUAAUGGUGGUGAAUCAAAUCAAGUUUGGGUGGCAUAUUAUCCUAAGGUUGCUAUUAAAAAUGAGUAUUGGUCAAAUGAAUGGAAGCUUUUGAAGGCUUCAUUGCAUGGUUUCAUUGCUGGUAAACUAGUGAAAGUGGAAGAGUGUGGGUUCCAUCUUUUAUAUAUGCCCAAAACUGUCAACAGAACCAUCCCACGAGAUACAAAUAUAAAAGGCGUCAAACACAAUCAUGCAGCAAUGACACAGUACCUUGAUGUGCAGAGAAGCUUUGGCACCAAAUUAGUACUUGAAGGUGCUAAUGUUAAUGCAUAGAGAGAGAAGUUGUGACGACACAUAAAGUACAGGCCGCGCCCAUUCUCCAAUGGCGCCUAUAUGCACAAGUGGUUGGAGGUUCUUUGCAAAUUUGUCCAAUGGAUAUGCUGCAGAAGAUAUUAAACAUUCAUCUCAAGCUUUUGCCCAAUACUAAGCCCUAAGGUAUGAGGAUCUGCUGAUUUGAAGGGUUUUGUAGGAUUCGAUUUGCUAAUUUCAAUUCUUAAGAAAUGGAUCUCGAUUAGGCCAUGAUACUACUGUUGAUGGUAUGGCCAAAGAUGGCCUCUGGGAUGUUUACAACGAUUUUGGAAUGGCAAUUUGUGCAGAAAUAUGUGCUGAUCAGCAUAAGAUAACAAGAGAACAACAGUUUGAUGCUGCAAAACUAAGGAAACUUUGACCAAGUUUCAAGGAUGGGGGUUCAGUUACUGCAGGGAAUGCUUCUAGCAUAAGUGAUGGUGCGGCUGCAUUAGUGCUAGUGACUGGUAAGAAGGCAGUUGAGCUUAGAGUCCAAGUGAUUGCUAAGAUUGCAGGAUAUGGUGAUGCUGCUCAGGCACCUGAGUUGUUUACAACUACCCCAGCCCUUGCAAUUCCAAAAGCUAUUUCUAAUGCUGGCCUGAAGGCUUCUCAAAUUGAUUACUAUGAAAUAAACAAGGCUUUCGCCGUUGUAGCUCUUGCUAAUUAAAAGUUGCGGUCUUGAUCCUGAAAAGGUCAAUGUUCAUGGUGGAUCUAUAUCUUUGGGACAUCCAAUAGGUUGCAGUGGUGCUCGUAUCUUGGUCACAUUGUUAGGGCUGGAUGAUUCUUCAGGCAUUGUGGGAUGCGGCUUGGUAUUUUUUUCUUUCAACAUUGCCACUUUGUUUUAUUUUUUAUUUUUUCGAUUUCACUCUAUUAUUUUCUACCUUAUGGUUUUCUCUAGGGUUUUGAAUUGCUAGGGUUUCAAGUUACCAGAGGAUUUGGUGGCUUUUCAGGUAUGAAAAUUCCACCUGAGGGUGCCCCAAAAGGCUUUACUGGUGUUUUAGACAGGAAAGGUAACCCCUGAUUUACAGAUUCUAGAUGGUGGAGAAUAGAUAGGCCUGAAUCAUUUUAGGCCCGUAAAACCCUUGGGACCUAGUGACACUGGUGUUGAAAAUUUUUCAUUUUUGAGAAGAUGUGCUUCUGGGUAUUUAUUGUGUGCAGUUUAUCUUGGAGAAGCUGCAUCUAUCAGUUGCAAUUUGCUCUUACAGGAGGAGCAAGUUACAGGUAUGUUUCCUCUUGAUUCUUUCAUCCUCUGUUCCCAUAUAUUUGUGUUCCUAGGUCAUGUUUCAGGAUGAAUCUAUGUCGAUAUGGUACUCUGGCAAAAAAGUGAAACAACUUAAACUAAGCAAUGUUUCAAGAAUUAUUCUUGGACAGUGUACUUUCAUCCAAAUCUCUCUCUCCAUUCAUAUCUACUCUUGAGUUAAGGCCUCAACCUUUCAAUAUAUGCCACCGAUUUUGAGGAUGGUUUCUUCUUGAAAGUUGCUGCUAGAGGCGGAAUAUGAGGGAAAUUUGAAGGAAAUCCUUGGUUACACUAAGGAUGAUGUGGUAUCAAGUGACUUUAUCGGGGACCGCAGGUCGAGUAUUUUUUAUGCCAAGGCUGGAAUUGCUCUGAAUGACAACUUUAUCAAGUUGGUCUCUUGGUAUGAUAAUGAAUGGGUUUACAGUUGGUUAAGAAGAGGAUGGAACAGUCCAGUGAUAAUAGUUGGAGCAGAAGAUAAGGAGUACCAAUUGACUAUAGAGGACAUUGAUUUGAGUUUUGUGUUCAUGUACAUUCUGUAACAGAGGAGGAUGUUAAAGGAAAAGCUCAGUAUAAACAUACAGAUUUUGUAAAAGCAGUGGUGCUGAAGAUGCUGCUGAAUUGUCCAUUAAAGGUGUUCAACUUGAACACCGGAAGGUUCAACCUGGAAACAUAUCAAUUCUUGGAUACUGUUAAGAAACACUAUGGCAUCCGCAUUGAAUGCAUGUUUCCAGAUGCUGUUGAAGUUCAGGGCUUGGUGAGGAAAGUGAGACCCCACCUUCUAGCUGGGAAAAUUUAAUUUGUAAACGUCAAGUCUCAUUGAUGUUGGUUUCAACUGUAGUAUGUAAUUGUUGCAAUAGUAAUGCAAAGCAAGUACAAACAUGACAACUUGAACUCUCAAGGACAGUCAAUGACCCAAAAUAGCAGAGUCAAUCAACUUUAGUUGUUGAUAUGUUGUAUUGUUCAUUGUGCUUAAAUUCUGAAAAACUUAUUAUAAUAGCCGGUUUGUAACCUGUGAAGUGAGAUGGCGGUACACUGAAACUAAGUCUGCAUAUCUGCACAGACAUUUUAUAUAAAAAAACCACAAAGUAACUUGUGGAACUCUACAGCCA